CACGGCGCGAUCGUAACAACCUACGCUGCAACGGCACGUUCCUUCACGACGACGCACGCGUCGCGACGCGUAACAACCUACGCGCAUUAAAUUCGCCUCCGGCAAUCAGCCGCGUUUGAAAAGUGAAGAGUGCGGACGAGCCUCUGGCUGGACUGUAAAUUGAAAGUAAACGAAGAAGAGAGGAGAGCACAGCUCUCACGCAACGAUCCUUGACUUCACUUUACUUGUGUUCUCCGAGAGCGGAAACUUAGUACUCGUCGGAAUCACGGCAGUACGUUCGAAGUGAAAUCGAGUUUCGCUGCGGCGAAGCGAUAGAGAGGAGUGACGGUACACGUGGACGGAGCGCGUGUCAGGGUCGCUAAGACCGAGGAAGGGUAACACGCAUAGGGAAGAAAGAAUCGAUCGUGUCAUUAAAUCGAACUGAAAAUCUUUCAAACUGGGCGACGGAAGAGGAAAACAUCGACGGGUGAGAAUGGCGGACGAAGCCCAGCAAAGCCAACAGCCGACUACUAAAAGGCACAAGAUUCUAAGUCAUCUACCCAUCAUCAUCAAAGUGAUAGAAUUGGUAUUGGCCGUUUUUGCAAUCGGCCUGUCGGUGGAUCCGAUGAACUCGUUCCAGCGCAUUUUCAACAGGCCACGAUUCAAGCUGGACGAUGCAGCCACUAUCUACGUUUCAGUCGCUGGCUAUAUUCUCAUCAAUGCGCUCUUCAUCAUCAGUCACAUGCUGGGUGAUCGCGUGCCGAAAAGAACGUUGCUGAUGUUUGCGACCAUAGGCGCGUUUAUGCACGUCGUGGCCGGAAGCUUGAUGGUCCAUAAUUGGCGCCAAAUGAAUGGUCCUUACUAUUAUGUGCACAACAACGAGAUCCAUCCUAGCAAGCAGUACAUGGAUAUGCUUAUAUCAGCAGCCGUGUUUACAUUCGCGACCGCAGUGGCAUUUGUUGCGGAAAUUGUCGCUGUUAUAAGAUACGCGUGAAUACGUGCGUUCUCGCAAGCAAGUCCGUGGAUUCAGUGAGUUGAAGGACUCAUGAGUAUCACCAAAGCUAUGGAUAGUCCAUUAAAAAAAAAAGAAGAAAGAUACGAAAGAUCUGAACUUUUUUAAUAUACCUAUAUUACAUAAACAGUUUCAUAAAAUUUUCUGAAAUUUACGACUAUUAAUUUGAUACUUCAAUGGCUGCAUUCAGCAAAAAAAGCAGUUUUGAUUGAUGAUAAUAAUAUGUGGAACUGAGAAAUAAGACAAUCGAGAGGGAUCCAAUAGCGCAAUUGGUCAAUUUAAAAUAAAAUAUUAUCAUUGGAAAAACAGUGAAAAACAGGAUCCUCCCGACUAAUCAUAUUAAAGAAUAUUACAAUAGUUAUUUAGCAAAGCUACUUUCUCUACUGAAAGCAGCUAUUAUUUUAUGAAACA